UCAUGACAUGGAGACAGUCUUAGCAAAUAUGUAAAAACAUAUUUUUUUUUUAUAAAUGUAACUUUAAUGUCUCAGUUUUGCUAAAAUGAAUCAGAAAGUAACGGCAGGGUGUCCUAAUUAUUCCACAUGACUAAAAUGUUUCCUAAGUUUCUCAGCGCGCUGAAAGUCAGCAGACAUUCAUCUGAUGACGUCUGCUGACAUUAAAAAUCAGGAAACUGAUUUAUUUUAGUUGAAUUAAUCAGUAAUCGAUCGGCGGAUUUGGAUGUGGAGCUCUGGAGCGGCUCUCCCAGGGUUCUGCUGGUAUGUGAGGCUCAGCCCGCCCCUUUCCGCCCCGCAGACCCGAACUCUCCAGCGGGACAGACCCACAGCUCCGGCGGCUCGCUCGGACCACCCGGACCCGAAGCGCGCGUCCUGACCGCGUGAAGCACAGCCAGCCUGGAGCCGCUGCGUCUCAUCGCCCUGAUCCCGGUCCGCCGCGGCCAGGUGAGCCUCCGAACCGCUUAGCGGGAAUCCAGCCUCGUUUUUAGAUGCCCUGUUCCUGUUUCCAGGACAAACCCUGGAGCCACCUGCAGAACCAACAGGAACCCAACUGAACCCCACUGGACCCGGUUCCCUCAGGUUCUGAAAAUUUAACUUCUUCAAUGAUGCGAAACAUCAAAUCAUAAAGUGGGACUGAAACUGGUUAGUAAAUAAUAAACAGUCUGGUGAAGAGUUUGGUCCUGCACACCUGGAUUUGCCCUUUAAUCUUGAAAACUUGAACUAGGACCAAACUUUGAGCUGAGGUUUGUUUUUUGGUUUCGGUUCGGAUCUUUACUGGGAGAACAUCCGUCGGGUUCUGUGGUCAUGAAUCUUCAGGAGAAGCUGUCCGGCCUAAAGGGCCUGGUGUCCCCCGGCCGGCGGCGCCAUAAAGGCGACCUGACGGCGGAUAUGAUCAGCCCUCCGCUGGGCGACUUCCGCCACACCAUGCACGUGGGACGCGGCGGCGACGUCUUCGGAGACACGUCCUUCCUGAGCAACCACGGCGGGUCGGCCAACAGCGGCAACGGCGACGUCGACUCCGUCGCCUCACCCGACAGCAAGAUCGGCGCGUUUUUCUCCAGGACGCUGCGUCACAUCCGGCGGGGCUCGGACAACCGACCCCGGGACGCAGCGAAGGAGCUGUCGCCGCCGCCGCCCGCCGUGUCGCCCAUCAUCAAGAACGCCAUCUCCCUCCCGCGGCUGGACGUCGACGCACCCAACGGGAGUCCCACCGCCAGGGCGCUGUUCCCCGGAUCCCCGCCGGACCGGGAGAAGAGCUCCUACGGUCCGGAGUCCGGGUUCGUCACUCUGCCUCGUCUGUCCCGGUUGGAGCGCCAGCAGCCGUCCAUCUCCUCCAGCGUUCAGCGCGGCUCUCUCACUGAUCAGACCGACGCCAUCUUGUCCACCUGCUCCACCGCCAUCAUGACCUCUGAACCCAAACGGACGACCCGCAGUGCGUACUCCGACUCCUUGCCCUCCCUCACCUCCCUGGACACCUUCACCUUUGACCUCGGCCCGUCCCUGAUGAGCGAAGUGUUUGGCCUGAUCGACGGGCGCCCAGAGGAGAGCGCCGCCGUGUGGCGGACGGGCGAGGCGGAGUCGGCGUGCGGGUCGGACGGUUCUGCCACCGUGUCCUUCGUGGACUCGUUGCUGCGGGAGGACGGCGGUGGCGGGACGAGUCCUCACCAGAGUGAGGAGGAAAACGCGGUGAGGGGAUUCUCCGGGGAAGUACCGGACGUGCUGCUGGGUUCUGCUGAGCGGGUCGGGGUCCGGAUGGAGAGCGAGCGGUUUCAGAGCGCUACUGACGUGCUAGCACGCCACUAUGGCGUCGGCCUCUUAAAAGGACAGAACAAGAUGGAGGAGCUCCGGAGUCAACCCAGGAAGAAAAUAUCCUACAGCUUCAUGGACGAUGAGGACGAAAUCAAAGUCUGACAGGAAGGAACCAAAUGAACCUUCUUGACGGUGACCUUCCUGGAAGAGGUCAGGACUCUUCAACAACAAACAUGUCUGUCAGUUUUUGCACAAAAUCAUGAGAUUUUCUCUAAGAAUGAGCUUUUUAGGGCGUCUGUCACUUUAAAUCCAAACUAGUUGCUGCUUAGUGAAAAUGGCUGCAAAAAGAUGCACAAAUUUACAACAGUACAUCUUAGAAAGGCAGAAGUGGCGCCUUGUGCGCAACCAACAAGAAUGCAGCAAGUUAUAAGGGCCUGUUUUGGGCUCUUGUGGGUAGAAAAAGAGUAAACUCAAGAAAUGUUCAAAUUUAUAAAUGAAGUUUUCUAGAAAAAGACAAAAAUGUUAAAAGUUCAGUAAAUUCUGAAAUUCAUAAUUUUCCAAGUUUUCUCUAGAAAAUUUCAGCGAUUAAUGUCAAAACUUGGCAAACAGUUUUACUCCAGUUUUAUUUUCCCAUCUUUGAUGGUCCUAAUGCGCCGUCGUAGAAAAUGCUUUCUGGAUGGUGAGUCAACAACCAAACUCUCGUCUUUUCCUGCAGCCAUUGUACAGCGCAUACAUCAGGAAAACCAGCUGACCAAACAUGCUGGAGCUCUGCUGGGGUUGCUAGGUAACAGGCUGGCUUUUCUAGGGUUGCUAGGUAACGGUGCAGUGUGACUCAACAAUCGGGGGGUUUUGAAACGGCUCAUUUUCCAGACACUAAAAACAAACUCAUUGCCAAAUAAUGUCUUGUUUCUUAAAGCAGGUUGUUUUCAGAAGCAGUAGAAACCAGAAUGGAAAUAUGAAAACAUGCAUUCUGUAUAAAAGGUUUCCUUGAAACUGGGACAGUCGUUCCUUUUUAAUU